AUGAAAGUCCUGGGAGAAGAGGGACAAGGGGAUCAACAAUCAGAUAAUAAUUCAGUAAAAAACAACAAUAAUCAAAAUAGUAAUAAUGCUUGGAAUCAUAGGAGUACUCAAAAUGACUGGAACCAACGACCACAACAGCGGAACAACAACCAGCCAAGGAACAAUCGAUGGAACAAUCGAGAUGAGAAUUCCCAACAACAACCACUACAAUCACGUGAAAACAAUCAACAAAUUAACCAAAUUGCUAUCACUGAUAACACAAACAGUGAUAACAACACCACGCACUCUAUCAAUAAAUUACAAAGUAACGAAGAAUCGUACAGCCCAUAUGUGCAAUGUGUAUUGAGGGUGAAAAGGUGGAACUGUUGGUGGAUACCGGGGCAACAAUUAGCGUCCUCACGAAAGAAAUCGUGGACACUAUCAUUAAAAAGGAUCCCACUAUUCCACAACUUCCCAUUAACGGAGUAA